UGGCUGCUCCUGGAGGGCUGGGAAGGGGGGCAUGUUGGAGCCACUCUGGGGCAAGCCAGUCCCUUGCUUGGUGGCCACUCUGGCUUGCAAACUGGAGGAGAAAAGAAGCCCCACAUUUGCAAAGGGAACCCUUUGGAAGGAAGGAUUGCAGCCUACCCACCGUUGGACCAGCUCUGGUGGGAUUUCUCUGCAUCCCUCUCCCCACGAUGGGCAACUCUCUGUCCCCAAGAGAUGCCCCCUGGAAGAAGCCACAGACCUGGUCCUUGGCGCUUCUGGAGACCUUCUUCCUCCUCCUUGGACUGUUGGGACCCACCAUGGCCAAUGAGUAUGACUAUGUCAGCUUCCAGUCGGACAUCAGCGCCUACCAAACCGGGCGCUUCUACACCAAGCCCCCUCAGUGCGUGGCCAUCCCAGCGGACCUUCGCCUCUGCCACAGUGUGGGCUAUGACAAGAUGGUCCUGCCCAACCUCUUGGACCACGAGACCAUGGCCGAGGUCAAGCAGCAGGCCAGCAGUUGGGUGCCCUUGCUGAACAAGAACUGCCACAUUGGCACCCAGGUCUUCCUCUGCUCCCUCUUUGCCCCUGUCUGCCUGGACCGGCCCAUCUAUCCAUGCCGGUGGCUCUGCGAGGCCGUGAGGGACUCAUGCGAGCCCGUCAUGCAGUUCUUUGGCUUCUACUGGCCCGAGAUGCUCAAGUGCGACCAGUUCCCGCAGGACGAUGUCUGCAUCGCUAUGACGGCACCCAACGCCACCGAGGCCUCGAAACCUCAAGGUACGACUGUGUGUCCUCCUUGUGACAAUGAGAUGAAAUCCGAUGCCAUCCUUGAGCACCUGUGUGCCAGUGAAUUUGCUUUAAAGAUGAAAAUAAAAGAGGUGAAAAAAGAAAACGGGGACAAGAAGAUCAUCCCCAAGAAGAAAAAACCCUUGAAGUUGGGCACCAUCAAGAAGAAAGAUCUCAAGAAGCUGGUGGUGUACUUAAAGAACGGAGCAGACUGUCCUUGCCACCAGCUGGACAACCUCAACAACCAGUUUCUCAUCAUGGGACGAAAGGUGAAGACCCAAUACCUGCUGACAGCCAUCCACAAGUGGGAUAAGAAGAACAAGGAGUUCAAGAAGUUCAUGAAGAAAAUGAAGAGCCCGGAGUGCCCAACAUUUCAGUCUGUCUUCAAAUGAUCCGCCGGCGCCAGACCUGGGACUUCUUUUGUUUUUGUCAUUGUCGUAUUUUUAUUUUUCCUGCUGGCCCUGAACUUGCACAAACUUUGACUUGAUGACUCACCUACAUUUGUGUCUCCUUUUGUCACAAUGGAUGCUGUACCUUUUCUUGGACUUUCCUUCUGUCUGUCUCCUUAGAUCUUCCAGUUUCUUGCUCUUUUUUUACUUUCUCUGGUUAUAUCCUCAUGUGGGAAUGUUGAAAAGAUAUUUAGGCCUGUUACAGACUGCCAAAAUAAAGCUGCUUCUGGUCUCUUUGGAGGUAUG